AUGGCCGAUCCCCGCUAUGGCUCCUACAGGGAUCUUGCCAAGCACUUCGAGAACGAGCUAGAUAGCUUGAUCGACCAGGGUGUCUAUAAGCCUAUCUUUCUCUAUCAUGUUGUAAUCAUUCAUGCCUUGCCUAUGAUAGGCCUGGUCAUUCCUCGUAGCAGAGGCGGCGACCACAUUCGCAAGAUCAUAUUUGCCAUUUGCGUGGGCAUCGCCAUAGACAUUUUCCUGAAUCGCCGCGCAGUCGUGGGCGGAAAUGGCUACAUGCUCGGCUUGAUGACGGCAUGGUGGUUAAUAUGGACUGCCACAUUGUUCAUCUUCACAAGCCUCGAGGAUGACUUCAAGCGCAUCGAAAGAAAGCCUUCCAGUGAGCCGGUCAAGGAGACACAAAGCAUACAGAAAGGAGUUGAGAAUGGGAAGCUUGACUCAAAGCUUUCACAGUCUAAUCAAAAGGAAAUCGGUGCUUUCCACUGGCAGCCCUAUCCCGAAAAGUUCUCGCAUCGCCUAGAGUGGUCUGCCGGUCUGUUCUUCAACUUGCGAGGACCGGAAUGGAAUUGGCGAGCGCCACAUCUAGGUCCUUUGCCUCAAACCGUUCAUGCUCAGUUACAAUCAGGCUUCACAGAAAACAUCAAGGCCCAAGCAGACUCUACCUAUCCAACUGGUAGAGAACGCUUCCAGGCUGCGCUUCGCAAAUUUUGCGUAUCAUAUCUCAUCCUGGACGUCCUCAAGGUCAUCAUUUUGAUGCCAGACCCCUACUUUCAAGGAAUUGCACCAUCUGACUCGAUCUCUCCUCCGCCAUUCCCAUUCUUUUACUUCCCAAGCCUCGCAGUUCACCCUGCCUUGGCCCAGCUCUUCCGCUGCAUGUACAGCGCCGCCAGUGUUUACUUCGCCCUGGAAUUUGUGACUCCCUUGAACCCAAUCUUCUUCCUGGGUUUGUCUCUUGCAUUCCCAAAUGCAGCCCGGAAUCUUACCGGUGCGCCACUCGGCGCAUCAUGGCUGUAUUCCGACGCAUUUGGGCCCUUCGUCCAACCGGUUCUCGACCAAGGGUUGGCGGGCUGCUGGGGCAAAUGGUGGCACCAGCUUUUCCGAAAUGGCUUCAUGAGUGCAGCGCGAUGGAUUCUAUCCCUGCUCCCUGUAAGCCUGGCGUCUCAUCUGUAUUUCAGACGCGUCGUAUAUGUCACAGUGUCUUUCUGCAUCAGCGGUCUUAUACAUGCCUGCGGAAGCCGCACCCAGAUACCGGAUACACGUCCUGUCUCAGGGCCAUUUUUGUUUUUCGCUUUGCAGGGCGUUGCAAUGAUUGCAGAACAGGUCUUCAAGACUGUCAUUUUUCCAAGAUUGCCACUUGGCGGUACACCGAGGUGGGUUAGACGGGCUGCGAACUUCUUGUUCGUAUACUGUUGGUUGAUGACAUCGGGAGGCCUCAUUGCAGAUGACUUUGCGAGGGGAGGGCUGUGGCUGAUGGAGCCUGUCCCUGUUAGCCCGUUGCGCGGUCUUGGGUUCGGAAUGCAGGGUGAAGGGUGGUGGUGUUGGACAGACCCCUGGUUCCGGUAUUGGAGCGAUGGUUCAUAUUGGGGUAGUGGCAUACGCGUAUUAUAA